GAUGCAGUUCCUCUGUCCCUUGGCCAGGAAUUCAGUGGAUAUGCAACACAGAUUGAAUUUGGUAUCCAGAGGGUGAAGGCCUGUCUUCCAAGGCUCUAUUAUCUUGCCAUAGGUGGCACUGCGGUGGGCACCGGGUUAAAUACUCGCAUUGGAUUUGCUGAGAAAGUAUCUGCCAAAGUGGCAGAAAUCACAGGGCUGCCAUUUGUGUCUGCCCCCAACAAGUUCGAGGCCCUGGCUUCCCACGAUGCCAUGGUGGAAGUGUCCGGGGCCCUGAAUGUGGUUGCCUGCAGCCUCAUGAAGAUCGCCAACGACAUCCGAUUCCUGGGCUCCGGGCCCAGGUGCGGACUGGGGGAGCUCACCCUCCCCGAGAACGAACCGGGGAGCAGCAUCAUGCCCGGCAAGGUGAACCCGACCCAGUGCGAGGCCAUGACCAUGGUUGCCGCCCAGGUGAUGGGUAACCAUGUGGCCACCUCCAUAGGGGGCAGCAACGGCCACUUCGAGCUCAACGUCUUCAAGCCCAUGAUGGUGGCCAACGUCCUCAGAUCGGUCAGACUCACCGCUGACAGCUGCCUCUCCUUCACAGACAACUGCGUCAAGGGGAUCGUCGCUAACACGGACAAGAUCAACAACAUCCUGAACGAGUCCCUGAUGCUGGUGACAGCCCUCAACCCCCACAUUGGCUACGACAAGGCCGCCAAGAUCGCCAAGACUGCCCACAAGGAAGGAACCACCCUCAAGGAGGCAGCCAUCAAGCUGGGAUUCCUGACCUCGGAACAGUUCGACAAGUGGGUCCGACCAGAAGACAUGUUGGGGCCCAAGUGAUUGGGCACCAUAGGGAGACACUAGGAUAUUAUAAUUUGUAAUAUAUUUCUAAAUAAAUCACCUUUAUUGCUA